AAAAUCCCUUCCCCGAUGCCAAAGAAUUAACAGGAUGCUCUCCAAUGAAUCUUUACAUCCUCCUCCUGUGUACAGCCGUUCUAAUUCCCAAGCCUCCGUUGAUAGCACUUCCAUGGAAGAUUUCUGGUGCGAGGUUGAAAACAUCAAAGAAAGCACUGAAGACAGACAAGAUGACCAAACUCUGCUAGAAGUCAAGCCUCCUGACGAAGGGGAACUGGAAGCUGAAUGGCUGCAUGAUGUAGGUCUGUCUACGUUAAUAUCAGGGUCUGAAGAGGAGGAUGGAGAAGCGUUGCUUUCCACUCUGACCCGAACACAAGCCGCUGCAGUACAAAAAAGAUACAACACCUACACUCAAACAAUGAGAAAGAAGAAUAAGCAUACAGUUAGAGAUGUACGAGACAUCUUUGGGGUCAGUGAAAAUUCUCCCACGUUUGAGGCCAUACCAGGGUCACCGGUGACAACAAAUGGUAUCCAGCUUCCUGUGCACAAACCAGCUACUAGCUGUCUAGAAUGUGAAUUCGAGAAGGACAACCAAUCAGUGACAGAAGAACUAUCCUUUGAGGUCUCUUUCUCAGAAUCCAUCACAGUGAUUCCAAAGCACAGAGAAUGGCGCGGUAAUCAGAGAUUUAAAAAGGAGGAAUCUGCUUUGCCAAACUUUACGAUUAGGAAAAGCCGAUUUGGACUGACGGAAGUGGGAGAUUUGUCUCCUGAUGACAUGAAGAAAAUUCGCUAUUUGUCUCUGAUUGAGUUAACAGCCUUCUACGAUGCUUUAGGAAUUGAGUUGAAGAGGAAUAGAACAGAAAGAGUCAAAGGACGAGAAAAUUGCCUUUUUGGAGUUCCACUUACAGUACUGCUGGAAAGUGAUCAGAAAAAGAUUCCUGGAAUAAAAGUUCCUCUCAUCUUUCAGAAACUGUUGCUCAAGCUUGAGGAAACUGGUCUGGAAACAGAAGGAAUUCUUCGAGUGCCUGGAUCUGCGUCAAGAGUUAAGAGUCUUCGUCAAGAAAUUGAGGCAAAAUUUGAAGACGAUACAUUUGACUGGGAUCAAGUACGCAACAAUGAUGCAGCAGGACUCCUGAAGAUGUUUAUACGGGAACUUCCAAGCCCCCUCUUCACUGUGGAAUACCUCCCUGCCUUCAUCACAUUAGUUGAAAAAAUCCCCAAAGUCAAGUUGCAGCUGCAAGCUUUGCAUUUGCUAAUCAUGUUAUUGCCUGAUGCCAGCAGGGAUGCAGCCAAGGUCCUUCUGCAGUUCUUGAAAAAGGUGGUUAGUAAUGAAGGGAAAAACAAAAUGACUCUGUGGAAUGUUUCCAUGAUUGUUGCCCCAAACCUCUUCGUCUACAAAGGCAAACGUGCAAACCAAGAAGAGAUGCUAGCAGCAGCCACCACAGCACGUAUUGUGAGACUUUUAAUUAAAUACCAGGAUAUCCUUUGGAUGGUUCCAAAUUUUCUGAUUUCUCAGGUGAGAAAGAUGAAUGAGGCUGCAAUGAACAAUACCAGGAGGCAGCUGAUGUUUGACAAGGGUGUGCGAAGGCUGUUGAGAAGAAAAACUAUGGAAAGGGAGCGGCCAGAAAGGACAGAGUCUGACAUACCUGAAGGGGUCAUAAGAGUCCAUGCUCCACUGCAUUCGAAAGUUUCUAUGGCAAUACAGCUGAACAAUCAAACAAAAGUCAAAGAUAUUCUGGCACGAUUUUAUUGUGAAAACAGCCAUGAACCAUCAGAGAAUAUGAAAAUGCAGAUCCAAAGUUUACAUGAGAUUGGAGGAAAUAUAGGACAGCACUGUUUGGACCCAGAUGCUUACAUGCUAGACGUUUACCGUGCAAAUUCUCAAGCAGAGUGGGUGAUUAAACCAAAAAUAAGUUGAACAUUUCAAAGAUGACUUGGCAAAGCACUUUGGAAAAUGCCAAAAGGAUGGAAGGAAAAACCACCCUGAUCAAGAACCACAUUGCCAAGGAGAAAACCAAAGUAGUUGUGUAUGGAUCUACACAACAUGAUUUAAAGUCUCUGCCUUCCAA